CAAAACCGUCGGCAGGUCCCUUUGACUUCACGACCAAUUCGUUCAGUUUGACAAUGGGUUCAGUUUUGGAUCUAAGGUCGUCGCUACAGAUAGUUUUCUUCGGGAGUUUAAUCAUGGAGAUCGUUCUACGCUUGGUCAUGAAGUUGCUCGAGGAGUACAGGUUCAAUGAUAAAGUGGUGAAUUCCACAAAGACUUCUUUUUACUCAACAAUCAAUGAUGACGACUCCAGCAGUACAAUUACUGAGACAAUGCCUUCCACAUUGCCAAAUGGGAUAUUAAGAAGACAUAUAAUGUCCUGGACGCGCGGUGAUCUUCUGGGAAAAGGUUCCUAUGGUGAGGUUUAUGAAGGGAUAAGCGAACAGGGUUUUUUUUUUGCUGUUAAAGAAGUGUCUUUGCUUGAUCAAGGAACCAAUGCCGAGCAAAGUAUUCUUCAACUUGAACAGGAGAUUGCACUUUUGAGCCAGUUGGAACAUGAAAAUAUAGUUGGGUAUUAUGGCACAACGAAGGAUGACGCAAAAUUAUUUAUCUUCCUGGAACUCAUGACAAAAGGCUCUCUUGCAUCCUUAUAUCAAAAGUAUCCCCUGCAAGAUUCCCAAGUUUCAAUAUACACCAGACAGAUUCUAAAUGGCUUAAAGUAUCUUCAUGAUCGGAAGGUCGUCCACAGGGACAUUAAAUGUGCGAACAUAUUGGUUGACGCAAAUGGCUCUGUGAAACUCGCUGAUUUUGGAGUGGCAAAAGAGAUGUCCGAAUCCAAUCAGCUGAAUUCAUUCAAAGGCAGUAUAUAUUGGAUGGCUCCUGAGGUUGUUAAUCCCAGAAGGUCAUAUGGACCUGCUGCAGAUAUUUGGAGCCUCGGAUGCACCGUUCUGGAGAUGCUCACUCGUGAUUUACCGUAUCCUAACAUGGAAUAUGCACAAGCUUGUUAUAAGAUUGGCCAACGCGAACCACCUACAAUUCCAUUCUCCUUGUCUGAAAAUGCCCGUGAUUUCAUUAGCUUGUGCGUGAAAGUAGAGCCUGCACAUCGUCCCACUGCUUCUCAACUGUUGGAUCACCCGUUUGUCAUGAAACCUAGGUAGACGAGGUUCCUAAGUAAUAAGGGUUUGAUUUCCACGCAAUGCAAAUAAACAUCAACGGCGCCGAUCAUUCCCGUGGCCCAUCUGUGCUCCCUGGAUUUAUUCAAUGCCCGGUUGGAAGCUUCUAUAGGACCAGAUUGACCACCACAAGGUGAAUAAAAAUACUUAGACACCUAAGCUAUUCGCCAGUAUGAGACUUAUAAAACAUCUAGGCGAGGUUCUCUUGGUUUAUUUCAACGUUUAGAAAUCUUAUCUGUCCAUAUUAGCUGCUUAUUUCCUAUUUAUUAGCUGCUUAUUUCCUAUUUUUACAUUUCAAUUCCAUACUUCUUGCACA